AUGGCUCCGAUCAGUCGUGUCGCUGCCUUCUUAGCGCUCAUUGUGAAGGUCAACGCCGACUUUCCUUGUGGUGACUAUGACCUGUCGCCCGCAGCAGGCAACCCCGUGUGCGGUGUGGAUCAAUCAGUCUGUGACGAAACAAUCUGUUGCGCAGCAGGGACAAGCGCCCCGACCUCUGCACCGACACCCAUGCCUCCGACCGAUGCGCCGACGCCGGUGCCUCCGACAUACGCACCGACCCACGCACCGACGGCCGCGCCGACGCCGAUGCCUCCGACCUACGCGCCGACGCCGGCGCCUCCGACCUACGCACCGACGCCCGCGUCGACGGCUGCACCGACCCACGCACCGACAGCAAUGCCGACGGCCGCACCGACGCCGAUGCCUCCAACAAACGCGCCGACGCCGGCGCCGACUAGCGCCUUCACAUGUGAUGACUACGACAACCUACAAGAAGCGAGCUUCGGGAAGCGCGACGUCGUCGGCGCCACCUCGGCCAUCAUGUGCGUCCUCGCCGCAGUGUGGGCCUGA